AUGAAAUGUGAUCCCGGGUGGCCGAGGACGCCAGAGCAGCCGCGUCCGGUGCCGAGCGCCGUGGGGUGAGACAAAGAGCCCUCGCCCCCAGCGCAGCCGGGCCCGGGACGUGCCCGGCCCGGCUCCCACCGAAGGCUCCCGGGGCAAUGGCCAGGUCUCCGCUCGACCCCGCUCUCGGCAGCGCUGCUCUGUCCAUCUGAGCGUCUUCCACCCUCCCCAUCUCCUCCGGUUCCGGGCACUCCGUUCGCUCCCAGCCUCUCCCCAGGCUGUCUGUCCGUCUGUCCGUCUGUCCUGGCGCGCAACCUCGGGCCACCGGCUUGGAUGGACGCGCCGAGGCUGCCCGAGCGUCCAGGGGUCUUGCUUCCGAAGUUGGUCCUGCUCUUUAUCUACGCAGAUGAUUGUCUUGCUCAGUGUGGCAAAGACUGCAGAUCUUACUGCUGCGAUGGAAACACGCCCUACUGUUGCUCCUACUAUGCCUAUAUUGGGAAUAUUCUCUCGGGCACUGCAAUUGCUGGCAUUGUGUUUGGAAUCGUAUUUAUCAUGGGGGUCAUUGCUGGAAUUGCCAUAUGCAUCUGUAUGUGCAUGAAGAACAACCGUGGGACCCGGGUGGGUGUCAUCAGGACUACCCACAUCAACACCAUCUCCUCCUAUCCUGUGUCACCACCCCCUUACGGUUAUGACCACGAGAUGGAGUACUGUGCAGACUUGCCUCCUCCCUACUCCCCGACCCCACAGUCUUCGGCACAGCGUUCUCCACCCCCUCCUUAUCCUGGAAAUUCGAGGAAAUAACCCUUCUUUCAGAACAGAACAUGUGCCAAUUAGUUAUCUUGCCUGGAAUAAAAUGCCUUUAUUCAGAAACAGGUAGGAAAGAAUGACUCUAAAAAAUGCUUUUUGGGGGUCAAAUAAUAUUUCAGGUGGAAUGUCUAUGCUAAGAGAUACAUUAUUCCUACCCUGCUCAGAGUUGACCCCAUCUAGAGUAUCAUGUUUUGUUCUAUGGUGCCACAAUUAAGAGAUCUACUGAUCCACUUAAGCACAUCCAGAGAAGAGUAAUAAGAUUGACAAAAUACCUAGCAAACAUGUUGUUUAAAAACUAGAUGAAGGAAAUUUCAGUAUUGACCCUGGAAAAGAGAAGAUUUGAGUAGGAUAGAUAGAUGGGCUGGCCCACAUAAGAAAACAACUUUACGUAGCUUUAAAAGUCAGAAUUAGGAUUGAUUAUUCUUUCAUUCAUCAAUAAGUUUAUAUUGAGUGCCUGAGAGCUGACUAUGUGCCUGGCAAUGUUUGAGACACUGGAUGGAAGUUAUAGGAGGGGAUCUUUGGUUUAUAGCAUAAGAGUAAUUGGAGCCUUCUUAUUGGCUAGAUUGCUUUGUGAAGCUUCCUGUUACUGACAUCAAACAGAACCUGGCUGACUCUCUUCUCUGGUAGAGAAAUGCUUUAGAAGGGAUAUCUAAAUCAAAGGGUGGAUAGGUCCAUUGGACUCCAAAAAUUCUGCUCAUGUUUUAGGUAGGUGUGAAGUGAAUUUCUAUGUCUUCAAGGAUGAAAGCAACAGGAAUAGUUGAAUCUUAUUUAUUUAAUUAGAGAGUUAAAACAGGAUCAAAGGGACUUAACAGCAGAUUGAAGCCAAGAACUCUUCAACACUAGCUACUGCCACCUAAAAAUCAUCUGGCUUUAUUUAGUGGAUCAGGACAAAGGUUAUUUCCACUGUGGGGAUAAAUAUUAUAUCAGGUUCCACAAGCAACAAAUACUUCACUUGAGAGUAAAAGACGAAAUAUCAAAUAUUCCCAUGGGAUUUUAGGUCUGAGAACUCAGAACUUUACCAUGAAGAUAUAUAGCAGGCUUACAAAAAAAAAGUAAGAGGGGAGAAUUAGGUUGGUUUCCCUUCUGUGGAAUUCCAUUCAAAUGUAGCCUAGACAGAUUUUUGUUUCUCCUUUGUGAAAUUUUGAUAAUCUAUUCUCUUGAAAAAAUUAUGCAGUUAAUGGAAGAGGUUAAGAUAUUGACAUCAAAUUGAUGCCUUUUGCCAAAAUGCGAACUUUACGAAGUGCCUACCUUUAGAUGUAAAAGCAUUUAAUAAAUAAUUCUAAUAUGCCAUAUUUUGCUGCAAGUGACCUUCACAUUUAUAUUUUUGUGUGGAUCCUUUUGUGUAUUUAAAAAUUGCAUAUUAAGCAUUGAGAAUAGAUUGGAUUUUUGUAUUACUUUAUAAUUAAAUCUAAAAUGUUUAAUCCAAUAUCAUCGUCAUAAUUCAAUGAAAUUCCAAAACUAUGCUAAGCAUUUUGCUAAAAAAAAAAGAAAUGUCUUAAGGUAUAUAUUAUAGUAUCUGUAUUUGUAGUUAGGAAACUUAGUAGUUAAUGUAAGUAGCAUAUUUUACUUUCAAAUACCUACUAGAAAUACUUUCUUCUGAUUAAAAUAUAGUCAGUCUAACUGCCAGUGACAUCUAAAGGCUAGAUUUGUUUUGAAUGACUUGCUUGAUUUUUAGGCACUGAUGAUUUUUUGUUGUUGUUGUUAUGGAGAUGCAAAGCAUUCAAGAGUCCCAGCCUAUUCUAGUGAGGGGGCUGCCUGACUUACGUGAAGUUUUUGUACAAUUUUAAUAGUACGUGUGCUUUAAUUUAUUUCUCUUCUGCAAAUGUGAUCAGACCCAAAUACACUACAGCUACGAUGCUUGAAGUGCCAGGGUCUCUGUGAUUUUGCGAAUGUUGGUUGCAAAUAUACCGUAUAUUCCUUAAGAAAAAUGGAGAGGAGAGACCAGUUGAAACUGAGUUCUGAUCAUCUUCGCUGUCAAUAAACAUUUAUUGCGUACCUCGUGUGUUCUGCAAAUAUUACUCGCAUAGAAGCCAUUUCAGUCCAUACCAUCUCUCUUCUCUGAGUUGUUCAUCACCUCACUUAAGGCAUAUCACAAACCCAUAGACCUACAAUAAAUGAGUAUUUUUACUAUUUGUAUUUAGUGUAAUAAUAGCAUAAAUGUGCACAUUGUCAGUAUAGACUUUUGGAGUUCACUGAUUGUUUUCAUAGAUGAUGUUUCUUGGGGGGAAAUAGUGUAUAAUGUGAAAGUUGUGAAUUUAUGGUGAUUUAAAAACUAACAUAUUUUGCUGUGGCCAAAAUGUUUACAAUAAGCAAUAAAAUGAAACAACCCAUUAUAACAAGGGUUAUAUUUUAA